AUGGCACCGAUAGCGACGCAGUACAUUUUUAAAUGUUGAGCAAUAAAAAAUAACAAAGACCGCAGCAAUCGUCGUGACUGCGCGGACAAAGGGGAAAGACGUGGAAAAAUGCACAGAUCGCGGCCAGUGCAUUUAACAAUGUGGAGAAGUAUCGAUGCGUAAAAAACCAAAUGCGGCAGCCCCAGCCAUCAAGACCCACGCCAACACCUCAAUAGAAAAAGUAGCAGCAACAGCAAACAAAAAUAUAUAACAGAGAAAUCAAAAUAAAAGGCAGCAGCCCCUUUGCGACGCUUCUGAUUGCGCUGGAUUGUGUGUGUGAGAGUUGACGAAUGCGGAAGAAGGAGCCGUGCAACAGGAAACGGAAAGAAGGAGAAUAGCACCACAAACGGGAACCGGAACAGCAAUAAAAACAUUUACAAUAUACAACAAAUACAGAGAUAGAAAGAAACAAAGAAACAAAUAAACAAACACCGCCUUAGCCUUAGUAAAAUACAACGACAAGAAGAGGACAAGAGAGACCGAGAUCGAGAUCGAGACCGACUUCAUCAAAAGCACUAUCCUAACCUUAUCAAAUCCCAAAUUCAAAAGUCAAUCAAAAGCUAAAGCUACAAAUAUGUCGUCACCCAGUGCUGGAAAGCGUCGCAUGGACAAUGACGUGAUCAAACUGAUUGAAUCAAAACACGAGGUCACCAUUCUCGGGGGCCUCAACGAGUUCCAUGUGAAAUUCUUUGGCCCGUCGGAAACACCCUACGAGGGCGGUGUGUGGAAGGUUCGCGUCUAUCUGCCGGAUAACUAUCCCUUCAAGUCGCCGAGCAUUGGGUUCGUGAACAAGAUCUACCAUCCGAACAUUGACGAAUCGUCUGGCACGGUCUGUCUAGAUGUGAUCAAUCAGGCCUGGACGGCCCUGUACGACCUAUCGAACAUAUUCGAGUCGUUUUUGCCGCAGCUGCUCACAUAUCCGAAUCCGGUGGAUCCGCUCAAUCGGGAUGCCGCCGCCCUGUACCUGCACGAGCCGGAAGAGUACCAUCGCAAGGUGGCCGACUAUGUGCAACGCUAUGCCACCGAGGAUGCGCUGCGGGCGGCGCAACAGGAGCGAGAGAGCAGCGAUAGCGAGUCGAGCAUGUCCGACUACAGUGAGGAUGAGGCCCGGGACAUGGAGUUAUAAUAUCGGUUUAACUCUAAUCAAAUACCAUUAACAUUAACGACAAAUGCCUAAUACUAAUGCUUUAGCGCAGCUCUUCUCUCUCUCUCUCUCGCCCUGCAUCUCUCCCUUUUUGAGUAUGACGAUGACGAUCUUUCAAACCAGCAAAUCAACAGCAAACGGCAACAAAAUUAUACAUAUAUACAUCUAUAUAUAUAUAUAUAUAUAUAUAUAGGAAUGAUAAUUGAAUUUUAAGAUAGAGAGUGAGGCGACAAUGCACAUGCAUACCAUAUGUAUGUAUAUAUAUAUAUAUAUA